UCCCAUUGUUGCCCGCUAGGAUCCCAUCAGAUUGAUUGAUGCCCUGCCCUUGGCCGUUUUGGAGCGCAUCUCGGUCCACACAUUGCUUUCCAAUCCACACCCUCCGCCUGCGACAGCCUGCGACAGCCUGUGACUCGGAGGAGAACAAUCUAGGCCACCGGCAACUCACCUCCUUCUUGUUCUCUAGCUCGAUAUCAGCCGCAGGAACCUAUCCCUUGCAUGCCUUGGACUGCCCCACCGCGCUGUCGCCAUCUCUCCCAAAACUUCCGAAUCGAACCAAACGCAAAAAAAGAGUCUUUGGUGGCUCGUGUCAUCCAUCAGAAUUCCCGAUUUCGACCGCCGUUGCCCAGAAAGGUAUUACAUUGGCACCCUGCCCCUAGAUACCUCCAACCCGCCUCGACUAUUCAACCUACAUACCCUUCUUUCACCAGACUCAUACACUGUGCUUGUCCGUGGGACUGACGAAGACAUGCCCAGGUCGGGGUCGCCACUCUCCAACUCACUCCCCCCUCUUGUCUUUGGGACCGCCACUUUCAAUUAUCAGUACAAUGUCGACCCAUACGCAUUGGGUCCCACGUCUCUCGUCCAGAAGGCCCUUGCACAAGGAGUCCAUGCUUUUGACACCUCUCCUUACUAUGGGCCGGCGGAAGAGAUCCUCGGGACUGCUUUGGACACCGACCUAGUCCGACGACACUAUCCGCGGGAUCAGUACUUCAUCCUUACAAAAGUUGGCCGCGUCGCCGCCGAUAUCUUCGAUUAUUCCCCAUCUUGGAUCCGACAAAGCGUCCAGAGAAGCUGCAAACGUCUGAGGACUAAUUACCUCGACGUCGUCUACUGCCAUGAUUGCGAGUUCGUCUCGCCAGAGGAAGUGCUCUGCGCCGUAAGAGAGCUCCGUCGCAUCCGGGACGAAGAAGGCACCGUCCAUUAUGUCGGUAUCUCCGGCUACCCUGUGCUGGUUCUUUGCGAGCUGGCUGAAAUGAUUCUGCGAGAGACCGGCGAACCACUGGACAUUGUUCAAUCAUAUGCGAAUUUCACCCUGCAGAACACUCGACUGCUUUCGGAUGGUCUCCAGCGGCUCGUGAACGCCGGGGUAGAUGUUGUGACAAAUGCUAGUCCCCUUGGAAUGGGCCUGUUGAGGUCGACCGGUCCUCCGGUGGGAGCCAUGGGCAAUUGGCAUCCGGCCCCAGAUGGCCUCCGACAAGCCUGCAUCAACGCCGCAAAAUGGGCAGAGUUCAGAGGAGAAAAGCUAGAGGUUGUUGCAGUCAGAUUCGCCCUUGAAAACUGGCUACGGGAAGGCGCCAAAGUCGGUUCCCUGGGUGACCCCCUAGGAAAUACCGACGUAUCUUAUGGCCACGCUCUCAGCUUGCCUCGGGAAAGGCUCGGUGUCAGCGUCAUGGGGGUCAGUAAGGUGGAAGAGCUCGACGAGACGAUGCGAGUGUGGAGAAGCGUUCUCGAUGGUCUAGCCGAUGAUCUCGAUGCCGAACCUGGGACCAUUACUCCCUCCGACUCCGUUACUGAUCAUGAGUGGUCUCUAGCGCGGCGGCAGACCAUCCGCGAACUCGCCAAAGGCAUUCGGGGGGUUAUCGGCUCUCAAUGGGUUGACUAUGCCUGGGAGUCUCCCGAUCCAGGCUUUUUCAAUCAAAGAGAGAGGAAGGACGAUGUUGUGGUUAAUGAAGUUGAAGUCUCUGCUGCUCCCGACACAACGAUGCUCACACCUCCCUCCGAAGCCGACGACAAUGGGGUACCAACGGACGUUCCGCCUCUAUGCUCUGAAGCAUGAUUGCAAACCAAGUGUUGUUCAGUGUAUGAAGUGGAUUAUCACUAUUAAAGUUAUCUUUCGGUGGAUUUUGCCGGCCGCCAACUUCUGUCACUUCAACCUCAGUUGCCCCCGGUUGAGAGGUUCGCGACGGCAGGGAUCGCGGCAAUCGCGCAUCUCGAGCUGCUGCGGCAAUCUACGAAAUAUUCUGAUCUGAUCAUAGACCGUCAAGGAGAUGAAUUUAGACUUCACCGAAAUGUCGUUUACUCUCAGUUUGCAAUGUUUGACACAAAACACAACGAAACAUUCGAGAUGGCCGACCCGGCUUUCCAAUCUUGCGCAAUUACAACGUUCCUCGAGGAAGCCCUAGACAUUUCAGCGGCCGUCCACAGAAGGAAUCUGACAUGAUGGCGAGUCUUAUUCUCUCCUUGUACCUAUCGGCAUUUUGCCCACGGCUUAUCUGGGCCAGGAGAGAAGAAUAUGCCGAGGCCAAAUGCCCCACGGCGCUUUUGAAAGAGAGAGACGGCUGGGCCUAAGAUGUCCCCCCAAAGUCAAGGUCCUUGGUUCCAAGACACUCGAGAUGCUCUCAGCCCAAGGCCCUGCAGAAGCUUGCGUGCGACCGGUCGACCAGGCAUUUCGAGGUCGAUUUGGGUGCGUCUUGUCGCGGGGAGCUCACUGAGAAUUUAUCGGUGUCAGGCAAAUUGUAGUAUGCAGUCUUUCGCCAGUCGAUAAACGCAGCCAUCGUAGCCAGUAUGAGCACCCCAUAGAUCCUAUUCGAUUCUCCUCGAUAGAAUCCCCUACCAACCUUGCUUCGUGGUGAAGCGCAGGCGAGCGCCUUCCCAUAGCAUCUCGCGAAGCUACAGUAAUUGUUGGACGCGAAAGAUCGUGACAGUCCCCACAGGGGUCGGGUUAGAUCCAACUGAUAAUACCAAACUUGAGCAAGCUCUAAAGCAGUGUCACUUAUCCUGUGGUUG